UGGGGGACACGAUGGUGAUGGAAACGCUGAGUGUGGUGACGCGAAAGUCCCGCUCGCGCCCGCUAUCGCGCCUAGCAUCGACGACGUGACGGACACGCUCGGCAGUUUCAAUAUCGGCGAUGGGGGCGAGGUGUGCUAUUUUGGGGCGCGGAGCAACCUGAACCUGCUCCGGCGGGGUGGUGGCAGCGGCGUCUCGGUGCUUGAGGCGCAGCGGCGCGGGCAGGAGGCCGUGAUGCGCCAAGUUGGGAUGGUGGACGUGUCGUCUGCGCGGGAGGAUCACCUGCUUGGUCUGUUCUGGACGUGGCAGAAUGCUUGGCUGCGGGUUGUCGCGCGAGAGCCGUUCGAGCGGGAGCGUGAGGCAAGAAGAGGAAACGACGCGUGUGGGCGGUUUUGCUCGCCCGCGCUGCUGCUGGCCAUGUUGGCUCUGGGAGCACAUUACGAUUCGGACUCGGAAGAGAACGCAAAAGGGGAAGAGGCAGGCGAGGCAUUCGCUUCCCGCGCCAAAAUCAUGCUCCUCCACGAGGGCGAAGCACCAAGCCCGACAACCGUCCAAGCACUCGCACUACUCAGCGUACGCGAGAUGGCACUCGACCGCGAGGGCCCAAGCGGCAUGUACUGCGGGAUGGCAGUGCGGAUGGCGUUGAGCCUCGGACUGCACCUCGACUGCGGACGCUGCGUGGCCGAGGGCUUGCUGAGUGCGGAGCAGGCCGAGGUGCGCUGCGUCGCGUGGUGGGGAUGUUACCUGCUGGAUAAGCAGCUGAAUAUCGGGCUGGGGAGGCCUUCAGGGGUGCUGGAUUGUCUUGUCACGGUCAAGUGGCCAGACGAGGCGUGUGAGGAGGAGAGAGGAGCGUGGGGAGGGGAGAGAGAGGAUGACAUGGUGGCACGGGGGGUGAGUUGCUCGAUUUAUGCGUGCCGGAUGCUGUUGGAGGUGGUGGAGAUAUUGGAUAAUAUAUACUCCCCCAACAAGCCCGACAAGCCCGGCAUGGCCACCGACGCCUAUCUGCGCCUUACAUCCUUCUAUAACGCCCUCCCGGCUCCCCUGCGCGUGCCCCGCGCCGCUACUACCCGCGCCCUACCGCACGUCUACCAGCUGCAGUAUUAACAUGUCCCUUCCCCUCUCCUUCAAAUGUCAUACUAACAUUUCGCCCCCUGAAGUCUCCAAUAUCACGUCCUCCUGAUCCUCC